AUGAGCAUUCUGUCACGACAGAUGUCAGAAUCCUACUACUAUUUGUCCCGAGACGACACUACCGACUUGCAAUCAUUCUCACCUAUGUCCAAGGCUUCUGACACUACUGCUUUGAUGCGUUUAGCUGGAGAUUUUGACAAUUCUGAUAAAACAAAAAUUCGAAAUCGGAUCCAAACUGCUCAAAUAUCUUCCCAUUCGACUCCCUUGGCAAGGAAACAGGAAGAUGGCGACGCGUACAAUAAACUAGACCAUUUGAGCCGGCUUUCUGGAACCAAAAAUGACCCAAAUAACGACCUUGAAGCUCGUUUGAAACCACUUUUGAGGCAGGAACUCAACGGUUUCAAAGCAGAAAUGGAAGCAAUGAUAAGAAAACAGGAACUGAAGCGACAACACACCUUUAAGGAACGUGUGGGUGCACUGUCAACGCCAAUUCGUGUUGAAAACAAUGAAGGUGGACUGGCUCAUCAUCUGCUGGGAGAGCUGCCCGGACGCAAAUUUGACGUUUCGGUGCCCGAUUCACCAGUAACCACGCCUCCAAACUCACACGAGUACACGAAAGAGUCAUUUGGACCGUCGGCGUUUGGCCCGUCCGAUUCCUUUGGGUACCCCAAUGUCACCAGUCCCAGUCCCAUCAACCCUAAUCCGGAAACUCCUCUAAAUGAAGAACCCCAUACAAACGAACGUGAUGAAGCCGAGCGUCUUCGUAUAGAGCUUGCGCGAUUACAGGCAGAAAACCACCAGCUCCAGGCCAGAAAUGUGGACUUGACAUUGCAUGUCAACGAAUUGGAAUUCGAACUUCAGAAUCAGCAAAGCGUCGACAUCACGAGUUCACAAAUAGACAUGCUGGAACUCAAGCACUCCAUGCCAACCAACAUAAAGCCCAUAACCAUAGACCUGGUUCCGCCCGAGUUUCGUAAGCACUACAAAAAGCUCAAUCUUGACGUUAUCGAUUCCAUCAGCGACAUUGAGGUUCGAAACACCCUCAAAAACGUCAUGCUCUCACUUCUCAUUUGCGACUACCAAUCACUCCCUGAAAUGUCUGUGAAAAUCGCAAAUUAUAUCCGAAUUACUGGUGAAUUCAUGGACGAAAUUCACGAAAAACUCUACGAUAUUCAGGGAAGUUUACGACCCUCAAGUUACCUACGUGCAGAAACGCCCGAUGCCCAAGCCAGGUUUCUCCAGUGCUUGCACCAGAUGUCGGACCAGAUCGCGGGCCUUACUACUUGA